AUGCGUGAAAAUAGAACUAAAAGUUGUUAUUUACGUUCGGUGAAAGACUUAAGAAAGUCAAAUAGAGGUGCAUAUGCCUACAGGUUCGAUACCAAUAAUGAACUAAUGGUGGUAAGGUGGAAAGAUAAUGGUGUGUGCACAACAGGAACCAAUUUUGAUAAAAUUGAACCUAUGGGUAAGGUAAAACGCUGGUGUUCGCAGAAUAAGCAGAAAAUGGAUGUGAAUAUACCACACUUAUUUCAAAACUAUAAUAAGGGCAUGGGUGGUGUUGAUGAAAUGGACGGUUCCAUCUCAUUAUACCGCGUUGGUAUUCGUGGUAAAAAAUGGUGGUGGGUUAUCUUCACAUACAUGAUUGAUAUGAGCAUAUCUAACGCAUGGCGUCUACAUGCUUUAGUGGGCACAAAUAAGUUUGACCAAUUAGAUUUUAGCAAACAUAUUGCUCGAAGCUACCUGAAGUGUCGCGAAAACACCAAAACCCGUCCAUCCGGUUCCAUUGUACCAGGUCCGAACGGGAAUAAUGGACAUAACACUGGCAAGCUACCCAAGCAGUUAAG